AUGAAUUAGAUUUUAUGUUAUGGUGGUGGUAAUACAAUUAUAUAUCGACUGAUUUAUUAAAAUGGAAAUGGAUUAAAUGGAAUUAUGAUAGCAUAUGAAUGGCAAGCAAGUGGUUAAUUUUACAAAGCAAUGAGCUUGAAGAUUGAAUAAUUGGAAUGGUUCUGUUCAAAAAACCUCUGGAGAACAAUGUUGAUUCUUAAAACUACUAUUUAUUAAAAUUUGGUACUGAAACAAUAUAAGAUGGGACAGGUGCAACAGAACCCUACACUUAGUAGCCCUAUAUCUACCUCUUGGAUUGGAUAAAAACUAAAGUUCUUGAUGGUAUCCAAUCAGGAAAAUAUUUCAAGUAUGGGAUAACCAUUUUGCACAUCUAUAUCAUAUGAUGGUAAAGAAGCAUUAAUUUAUGGCUCAAGUGAGCAAGGCUAAACAGGUUUCAGAGUUAAAUACACUCUUUAAGAUAACUCAUACUCAGUAAUGAGGUUAUAUUUUGAAGCUACGCGUUCUAAUCCUAUAAAAUUUAAAAGCUAUUUCUCCAAGGAGUUUGGAUAUGAUUACUAUGUGUAUGGCUAUGCUUAUGAAUUUAUAGACUGCUUGUAUGAAAAUCGUGACUAAUACCUUUCGUUUAUUUUCUUAACUAGCUCAUAAAACAUCUGUUUCUCUACUAAUAAUAAGUUUACGUUAGUGGAAAAAGCAAAUUUAGACAAAAUAACUUUAGAAAUAAUAGCAAUGAAUAAAUUUGAAUUAAUAGAAUUUGAAGAUCCUUUUGGUCCUGAUUCAGAUUCUUUGCUCAUUAGUCCAUCUAUAGAUCCAAAUUAGUUUGAUCAAAAUGAAAAAGCAUGCAAACAAAUACCUUAAAGCCAAUUAAAUUAAUCUUACUAUUUAACAAGAGGUAAUUAAAUUAGUCUUAACUCAUAUUUAGGUACAAAGAUAGCUUAAAAGAUAGUUUUCCCAACAAAUUAGUUUCAAAGCAAUUAUGACGCUAAUUUUUGUCCAUUUCAACUUUCCUACUAUAUAGAUUAACUUCACAAGCCUAGUCUGGACAACACAGGAAUUUUUGACUUGAAUAAAACUCAUAAAUACUUUGAAAUUACAGAAACCAUGAAUGAAACUAACAUUAUAAAUAAUCUGACUUUAAAUGUAUACAACUAUGACAAGUAUAUGAGCAGCACUACAUCAUUUAAGAUUAUACUUCAGUGUGAUUUCAGUUCAAUAGCAUGGAAACAAACUUAAUUUGGAUUUGAAUGUACUCAAGGAGAGAGUGGAUUUGCAGUAUUAUAUGACCAAAUUUACAGCUUAGAUAAUAAUGAAUGUGAUUUGGCUAAAUAACUAGAAAUGGGAUUUAAAAGCGACAUUUUUAUUUUAGAUUCUUAAAACUCUUAAUUAAAAGUCUUAUGCUCAGCAAGUGAUACCAACAUAGGUUCUCAUUCAGCUAUCCUAAAUAUGAAUGAUGAAAAUGGUAGCAGGCUAAAGCAAGUAUUUAUAAGUAUUAGUAUUAAUAAGAAAAAAACUGAAAAUGAGAUUUAAAUCAGUGAUUGUAAACUAGAUGAUCUGAAUUAAAAUCAGAUGGUAUCUUUUGAGUAUAAUUUGCCAUCUUGUAUCACAGAUAUUAUGUAAUAAUAUAAAUUGAGGGGUAUUAUUGAUGCUGGAAAAGCAAGUUAAUUUACCUCUUUUGAUUAAACCAAAAUUGUCUUUAAUCCAACUUAUAAUGAUGAGGGAGAUUAUGUGAUAUAAUUAAAAUAUACUGAUUAAAAUGGUAAAGUAAAAGUGUUAUUUAGUUUUACUCUGCACUUAACAGACGAUAACACUUCGACAAGAGUAAAGCAAAAUCUGUGCCUUUAAAAUGGAAAAUGUACAGUCAAAAUAAGAAGUAUAAAUAUGUGA